CGGUGCCUUGGGAGAGACAUGGCUGAGCCACUUGUUGGCUUGCCCGGCUGGGCAGCUGUGUUCCUUCUCAUUUUCGCUACCGUGUCCGGAUCCACCGGCCCUUGGAUCAGGGAAAAUCGGGGGCCGUCGCGGAUCCCUUCCCAGUUCAGCGAGGAGGAGCGCGUCGCUAUUAAAGAGGCGCUGAAAGGUGCCAUCCAGAUUCCCACAGUGUCUUUCAGCCAGGAGGAAUCCAACACCACAGCCCUUGCUGAGUUUGGAGACUAUAUCCGAAAAGUCUUUCCUAGAGUGUUCCGCAGCAGCCUUGUCCAACAUGAAGUCGUGGGAAAGUAUAGCUACCUGUUCACCGUCCAAGGCUCGGACCCCAGUUUGCAGCCCUACAUGCUGAUGGCUCACUUUGAUGUGGUUCCUGCUUCUGAAGAAGGAUGGGAGGUGCCCCCAUUCUCAGGCCUGGAGCGCAAUGGCUUCAUCCAUGGCCGGGGUGCGCUGGACAACAAAAACUCUGUGAUGGCGAUCCUACACGCUUUGGAGCUCCUGCUGAUUAGAAACUACAGCCCCAAGAGAUCUUUCUUCAUAGCUUUGGGCCAUGAUGAGGAGGUGUUUGGGACAAAGGGGGCUCAGCAGAUGGCAGCAGUCUUACAGGCAAGGGGUGUCCAGCUAGCCUUCCUUGUAGAUGAAGGGAGCUUUAUCUUGGAAGACUUCAUUCCGAACCUCAAGAAGCCGGUUGCCAUGAUUUCAGUAACCGAGAAGGGUGCCAUUGACCUCUUGCUGCAAGUAAACAUGACUCCAGGCCACUCUUCAGCUCCCCCAAAGGAGACAAGCAUUGGCAUCCUUUCCGCCGCUCUCAGCCGACUGGAGCAGACACCAAUGCCAAACUUGUUUGGAGACGGGCCAUUGAAGAAGGCACUGAAGCUACUGGCAGAUGAGUUUUCCUUCCCUACCAAUAUAGUCUUGAAAAACCUGUGGCUAUUUCGUCCCAUUGUGAGCAGGCUAUUGGAGAGGAAGCCCGUAACAAAUGCAAUGGUCAGAACUACCGCAGCCCUCACCAUGUUCAAUGCAGGAGUCAAGGUGAACAUCAUCCCUCCAUUGGCUCAGGCUACGGUCAACUUCCGAAUUCACACUAAGCAGUCAGUACACGAGGUCCUAGAACUUGUCAAGAGCAUUGUGGCUGAUGACCGAGUCCAGUUGCGUGUGUUGAGAUCCUUUGAGCCCCUGCCCAUCAGCCCUUCUGAUGACCAGGCCAUGGGCUACCAGCUGCUUCAACAGACCAUACAGUCUGUCUUCCCGGAAGUCAAUCUCGUCGUCCCCGGUAUUUGUAUUGCCAAUACGGACAGCCGACACUAUGCCAACAUAACCGAUGGCAUGUACCGGUUCAACCCUGUUCCCCUCCAGCCUCAGGACUUCAGUAGUAUCCAUGGACUCAAUGAGAAAAUUUCCGUUCACAACUACCAGAACCAGGUGAAGUUCAUCUUUGAGUUUAUCCAAAAUGCCGACACCUACAGCAAGCCAGUUCCUCAUCUGCAUGAACUAUGAGGCAAGGAUCCAGCUGGGUGAGGGGUGCCCAGCUCUGGGCCAGGACUAACCUAAGGGAAGAGAGAGCUGGUAGUAAUGAAAGGUUUGGUAGAAACCAUCCUGUAACUCAGAGUUCACCUGCCUGGUUCCCACCUCCACUCACCAGGGAAUGAGGUCUCAGGAGGAAAGGAAGAUGAACAGAAUCUGGCCUGUCGUCCUCCUGACAUCUGCGUUCUUCCUCUGAGUGGCAUCUACUGCCUGUCCUGCCUGUAGGCCUGUCUCAUGCUGGAAACUUAACUAUUCUACUUUCCCAGCCUAUCUUAACAAAUACAGAUUUUGGGAAAACAUCAAGCAGGCUUUAAUCCAGAUAGAAUAUUGACUUCAGGUACUUGAGCUGGACUGUCUUCUAGAAUUUCCUUUCUCCUGUCUUCUCUCUAACUUGGGAGCUGCCCCUUGGCCUCUCUCUCUUCCUGCCUCUGCUUCCCUUCUCUAAUCUCCAGUUCGUUUCACAUCUGGAGUUAAGACUCAAGCCCCCAUGAUCACAGUCAAAUAAAGGGGUCUGUGUAUCGAACAUCAGCUGCUCUCUGACAGCUCAGCUUGAGGUGGAGACUUUGAGAGAACCCCUUCCAGAGGCUUGGGCUCUUGGGAUUUGGUUCCCCUUCCCUAUGCUGUUCCUGCCACCUGCUGUUGUGGCCCCACCCCAGGAAGCACUAAUCUAAGGAAGCAUUUCCCUGGCACAGUGUACAGGCUGAGCUCCCAAGAGAGAAACACUCAAGAUCCACCUUCUCAGUGGUGCCCAGAACCAGCAGCGCCCUGGCCCUGCCAUGUCCCAUUUCAGAAUGCUCAAGGGGAAGUAGAGGGCAAGGAAAGGGGUGGCUAGAGGGUUCUUCCCUGGGCAAGAGAAGCAAGGAGAGGUAGCCUCCGUUAGAAUAUGGCAGAACUCCUGUCUUCUCGCUGGACUUCAACCCUAGGCAUAUCUGAAUGUGCCCAGAAGCUGCCAGGUGGGGGGCAUCGGAAAGAAGCACUUCUUGGCUCAAGGCCAGCAUCUCUGCUUUGUGGGUUACAAGGGAGUGGAGGUCACAAAGGGAGACACAGGAAUGGAGCUUGAAAGGCUUCCACUUUUCCCUUCUCCAGACUAGGACCUUCUGUGUCUCCCAGGGGUUUGAAAGCUCUAAGUUUGCUUGCCCCCACCCUCCUCAGACAUCCCCGUUCUGUUCUCCCUAGCUGCCAAGUCCUUACCUUCCUCCCAGAGUGUGAACUGUUCCGUGAAGCUCUGGCUUAAUCGUUAGCCUUAGAAACAGUGUGGGGACUAGCCAGCUUUUUAGCGACUCCUGCUAAGAUUCACAUUCCUUCCCUCACUCUCCCUCUUUGGCCAAUUUAGUACUUAUUCAGCCUUUGUGGGAGGCCAAGGUUCAGAACAACAAUAAUCCUUCACUUCUGUGCAGAGCCCUACGAGAUAGUCUUACAGAUGCCCUAUCUCAGCUCUGUGAGCACACUGUCAUCACACCUUCCUACAGAGACGGGCUCCAUUCUGAGUGGGUUACACAGCUAGCUGGAAACACUUGUUCAAACCCUGGUUACCUUGCUCUCAGACUCACUGGUAUUCUCUGAUCUUGCAUCACCUGCUCCCCACUGAUUUAUUAUUGAGUUUCCAUAACUGCUGUGGCAUGAGUGUAUACCCCCACAUUUGUUAUGUUGUAAACUUAAUCACAUGAGGAAAGUAUUCACAGGGAGGGAACAUGGCCGGCUGGAGCUUGCCUUUGUGGGGUUAUUAGGAUUGGACAAGCCUGUGGGGCUGAGCUCUGUCCUUGACUUAUUCAUGGCUUUUUAAAAAGAGAGUUUGAGAAAAGAGACACAUUUAAUCUGAUUUGGACAAGGCACCAUGAAUACAUGUGUCAAAAUAUCACAGUACUCCACUAAAUUAGGGGGAGGAAAGAGCAGAAGGCAGA